ACAACGUGAGGGAAUAUCUAAGUGCGUUUCUCCAAGUCAAAUCUCUAACAUACUCCAAGUGAUCUGCUGCUGAUACAAGACUGUUGCUACUUUGACCAACUUUGUAUGCUAUGGAAUUCAACUGUACUCGUUCUGGCAUUGCAUGGCCACACAAUUUCUGGAAUGAAAUAAUAAUAGCAUUUUCAGUUUCUAUGGUCAUUGGACUUGUAAUUGGAGUCAUAAUCUGGGCUUUGUUGACCUGCCUGUCUAGCCGCAGAGCUAGCGCACAUAUUUCCCAGUGGAGCACCUCAUCGUCCAGCCGGCGUCCCAGGGCUUCUCAUGGAGGUCCUACCAACAGGCCAGGAUUUUACCGUAACAGUAGCUGUGAACGCCGCAGCAACCUCAGCUUAGCCAGCCUUACCUUCCAAAGGCAAGCUUCCUUAGACCAGGCCAACUCCUUUCCAAGGAAAUCAAGUUUCCGGGCUUCCACAUUUCACCCCUUUCUGCAGUGUCCUCCACUUCCUGUAGAAACUGAAAGCCAGCUGAUUACUCUGGUACCCACCAGCACCACCACCACACUUACUGGAAGUAGCCCCAACAGCCUAUCUCGUCCUGAAUUCCACUGGUCCAACAGCAGCCUUCGCGCCGGCCACUCAACGCAAACGCCACCACCUGCCUAUGACUCUAUCAUAAAAGCUUUUCCAGACUCUUGACUUCUGAUUCUUGGUAUCAUAUAUAGAAAGACAUUCAGUUGUAUGAUUUUCUAUGGGAAGAUACCUGUGAGGCUUACCAAAGUAGAAAGACUUACAGCAUAUGAUAGUGUCUACACAACCUUCAGAAGUA